UACAGUAGGUGGCGGUAUGCACCUUUUCAAGUCAUGGUUGCAACCCGCCAUUAAACUAAAAGAAGAAGAAGAAGAAGAAUAGUGACGAAUAUCAAUGACCGUGAACAGUUUGACAUGUUUUGAAGGAGCCGUAGUGUGGCAGAGAUGAUGAAUUUGAUUGCAUUUGUGAACACUUUACGGUGUUCCUUACUACGUAUCGAGAGCAGACUUCUCCAGGUGGCAGGAAUAGAAAGACAUGUGGCUCCAGCACUGGCAUUUAAUGGCUCCAGCCUCCUCCCCCAAAUCGACCAACAAGAAGUGGAUAAGCAGCAACGAAGCUUGGAGGGGUAUCCCGACGUCCUGGAAAGCAUUUUGUGGAUGGCGGCACCCAAAAAGAGACGCACCAUUGAGGUCAACCGAACAAGGAGGAGAUCUGAGAGCAAACUUCUCAAAGUCAAGACAAACAUCGAGCCAUGUCCAGAGUGCGGCCACUUAAAGCAGAAACACAUCAUGUGUGGCUUCUGUUAUGCUAAGGUAUGCAAGGAGACAGCGCUGAUCCGUCAUCAAAUUAAAGAGAUGGAGGGUGGUCCUCUCAAGGCACCGGUUGUGGAGACCGUUGUCUUGUAUGCGGGCGAGACACCAAGCGAGCAAGACCAACACAAAAGGAUAGUGGAGAGGCCCAGGAAGCGGCCUGCCUGGUUCAGUCAGUAAUGCUUGUAAAUUGUGGAUCUACACACUUUCAUUUGAACAACUCACUGUUUAAUGCUUUAUUGUUUGUCGUCUCAAUUUAUAAAUGCUAGUUUUGUUCCGACAAGGGAAACCAUUUCGUAUACAUGUAUAGUAAACACUGAUAAAUGUUGUCAAAGUUCUGUCAUAACUGAAUUCUCUUGCAUAUGACAAUAAAUCUAUGGUGUAGACAAACAACUGAAAA